GCGGGCGGGAGCCCUGAGGGGGGGCCGGGGCCGCUUCCUGCAGGGGCACGUGCCCUGGGCCGGGGCGGUUCCGCGCCGCGGCGGCGCUUUCGGUUCCGCUUGGCCGGGCUCGGCUGCAGCCCGCGGCGGGCGCCCGCUUUGGUGGUUGGUUGCCCCAGGUCCGCGAAGAGGCUGUCGCUCCUCCGCACCGCUUGUUUCUGAGAAGCUGGUAAAGGUUAACCGAGAGUGUAGGCAAAGCUGCAGCUCCGCUGCCUGGGGCCCUGCUGAGCAAGAAAAAGAGCAGCUGCCCCUGGAAUCGGCCCAUGUCCUGCCACUGUGGCCCACGUUUGAGGGGUGUGGAAUGAGCCCUGUGCUCUGCAACUGUCGUGGUGGGUCUCUGCUGCCAGAUGGUGAUUUUCAUCCCCAGUAUGUUUUACAAUUCGGCCCUGAGGGGUUAUUCGUGCAAAGCCUCCAGAUCACCCGGGCAAAGGUAGAAGCUGCUCUUUAUCAAAGCUAAACGUCCUACCUAUAUCUGAGUUGCUGAAACAAGGCUGCCUAGAGGAAAGACUGGCACAGUGAGAAUUCUUUCAACCAUGGGUGGAAAAUUUUCACUGUUCUGGAAAAUACCUGGCCAAAAGGAGAGCGAAGGCAAACUGAUUUUACCCAGGCAACUGGAUGCUGAAGAUGAAAUCACCAAUUACGCUAGUAUCAAUGACUCUGCUACGUCCUGUGUGGGCAUUGCACGCCGAAGCUAUGUCAACUGUCCUACGUGUCAGGGAACGGGAAGGAUCCCCAGGGAGCAAGAGAAGCAGCUGGUGGCUCUGAUUCCAUAUGGUGACCAGAGGCUGAAGCCUAGACGAACGACACUUUAUGUAUGUCUUGCUGUGACAAUCUGCCUGCUGACAACAUCUCUCAGUAUUUUCUUCCUGUUUCCUCGCUCCAUUACUGUGCUGCCUGCAGGACUGAACGCCUCCUCCAUUGGCUUUAAUGCGACCACCACUAGCAUAUACCUCAACGUGACGAACGUGCUGAACAUAACUAAUUACAACUUCUACCUGGUCACUGUCGUGCAGCUAGACGUAGAGGUUUUGCACCAGUCCCUGGUAGUAGGGAAGACCACCAUGAAAACCCUGCUGCAUUUGAGCCCUUUGCAGAGCAGCCAGAUCUAUUACCUGGUGGCCAGUAGGAUAUUUGACGACAACACCUAUAACAUUUGCACCUGGACAGAAGUUAAAGUUCACAAUGUUCUGCUGCAUAUACAGGGUACCCUGACCUGCACAUACCUGUGUCGUUCAGAGCAGCUGGCUUUUGAAGACUACCAGUACGUGGACUGCCGGGGGAAUGCCACGCUACCUCGCCCGUUGUACCACCGCCCGCCAUGACAGGGCCAGAGCUUUUGGGUGCACCAUGUUCCACCACAAAAGCAAGUCGUAGGGAGACAAACUUCUGGAGCUUCUUCUCAACCUAUGCCUUAAACAGGAGGCUUGGUGUUUCCUGGAUAAGACUGCCUCUAAUGCAAAGAUGGUAACAUACUUGGCCUUACGAAUGUGGACUCUGCUGCCCUCAGAUUGCGGCUUUCUUCUUUCGGCGCCCUGUCGCGGCUGAUGCUUCAGCAGAGUGACCAGUGCACAGGGCGUCUCUGCGUGGCUGACUGGAGUGGGCCGCGCUCUUGUGUUUCACUGCUACUUUGGAGGCAGUGCCCUGUUAGUCAGACUCAUUCUAGUUGUUUCCUCCUUGCAUAAUUUUGCACUUCUGUCCUAAACUUAAGUGUUUAAUUCGGAAAAGGACUGUGAUGAGACUUUUGGCUGGACUGCAUCUGCAUCAGCAGAAUCAAGUGACUCUUGCACAACCUGCCCAACAAGAGCAAGAAACAGGACUGAUGUCUCCGUAUCUCUGAGUCUUAAGAAAAAUUACUGCGUGUUGUGCCAAAACCUUGAGAGAGUGACUCUUGGGCGCUGCUGUUUUAAGCUGUCCAGUAUAGCAGGUGAGAGUAUGAGUUUUGUGUAUACGUAUAUUUACAUAUACACAUACACAUGUAUACGUGUAUUUUUAUAACAAGCUCGUCCACUAGCUGUUCCUUAAUGGCAUCCAUUUCAGUGAGAAGAAAAUGCAUUUUGUAUCAUGAACCAAAAAGAUCGUUGCUUUCCAGCCAGUCAUGUGUGCUGGCCAGUAUGAGCUGUUUGUUGUAUUGUUUUCUUGGAUGCUUUGACAUAUAAUUCUUUCAACUUAUA